AAAAAAAAAAAAGAAAAUUCCAUAGCUUUUCAAAGCUUGAAACCGAGAGAUCAUCAAUGGAUUGUCCAUGGUGAAAUCUUGCAAUUCCAAGGUUGGACUUUGGUGGUUUGCACUCCGAGAGUGUCAAGCAACGAGUAUGGCAACUAGGGAUGAGUUUGUCCUGGUUGUUGGAGCUCUCUAAUCAAGUUUGUAACAAUCUAAGAGGAGCCAAGGUCGUUGAAUCCAUUUCCUUUGCGAUUGUUAGUGAUUCCUUUACUUUGGUUGUUGUUAUCAACUUGGUAGCAUACUAAGCUCUCUUUCCAUUCAUAUCUCAUGUCAUAUUGCUCUUUUAGGUGUAGUUUUGGUGGCUGCAUCUAUUCGUGUAUCGAAUUCCUUUAUCACUAAGUAAUCUAGCCAAACCGUGAAUUGUGUUCAUGAUUAUAUCUUGCGAUUGAUCCUUGCGUCUUCGAUUCUGCCUGUGUGCUCCAUGUGUUUGACUUCAUAUCUUCUGAAAAUCCUAUCUUGUAAGUCUAAAAGGGUUUAGUAGGCCAGGGGUGUCAAUUUAUUAAGCCAAACAUUGCAUGACUCCAGGUUGUAUCACUUAGGGUCAGUCUAUUUUUUCCAAUUUUUGUUUUAGUACUUUUAUUUGUCCAAAAAUUCUGAAAUCUGGUGGGUUUUAACUUCAGUGUAUUGGAGAUAUUGUGUCCAAAUUUCAGGUCAAAAUAAAUUCGUUUACUAUAUAAACAAAUCCAAUAUAUUUUCUGUGGCAGAUUGGUCCAAAUCCAUUUAGCUACUGCCCAUUUUGGUUACUGGGGCUGUAGGCGUCCAAAUACGCUCAAAAUUUGCCAUAAAUUUUCAUUCCAUAAUAUAAGUAUUGUGUCAAAUUUUCAGGACAAUCCGACGUCGUUUGCCUGGGGUUCAUUUUUUUGUUAUAAUCACUACUUUCGUCGGUUUUGCAUGUAUUCUGAAAAUCAGUUUGGUUACUGGGGUUUUUGCCACCAUUCAGUGCUUCAUUGUCUAUUAAUAAACUCCUGAAAGAGUGUUUGUGGAAUGGUAAAGUCCGGGGCAAGGGUUACCUUUCAUAUCUAUAUGUUUCGCUUCCGAUUUUGGGGAUUUCGGGUAGAAAUCUACAUCAAUUUGGUAUCAGAGCCAAAUUGGUGAUUAUAUUAUCCUAAUUUGGCCAAGAUCCAGGUUCUUUUACCAUUUCCAUACCUUUGAGUCUAGGUCUAGGUUGGGUAGUUUGAGAGGGUAGAGUGUGGUACAAUUUGGUUCAUCGCAUAUCUUGUGUUAUUUGCACUUUUCUUGGCUUUUCAUCACUUGUGCAUGGUUUUAUUGUGAUAUACACAUCCGGGAUCAUUCUCCCCUGCCUUCCCCUGUUCUUGGCUGAGAAAAUUAGGUCUUGGACCAAAGAGAUUUGCAGCACUUACAAUUUUUUUCCACAAGUCUAGUCAAUACCAAAGUGUACCCGAGUUUGUCAGUGUACCCGAGUUUGUCUUCUUGAUCCGGGUAAUUUUGUUUGUUGUGUUUGAGUUUCUUGCACCAAUUUUCUCUAUAUACAACUGAAUUUUAUUCAAGGUAUCUUUGUGAUCAAAUGGUGAAUGGGCAAAAUGUAUGAAGCGUCUUAAAAACAGAAGAAAAGACGUGGACAAAAAAAAAAUAAAGACCCACUAUUUGAUUUACAUUGCUUGCGCUGAAAUUUGUGUUGUUUGGUGCCUUUCUUAGCAUAUUUGUUGAGUCUUUACCUUUAAUACAACAACCAAAUUUUCUUAGAAAUUUUACCGUUUUAAAGUGUGUGUUAAUUGCUAGUGUUUUCUACUCGGACUUGUCUAUAUUCCAUCCGAGUUUGUACUCUUUUUUGCAUACCUUGUUUACUUCAUUUGGUGACCUUGGUGAUUGGAUUGGAUAACCUUGUGUGGAGUACCAAUAGUUGGUUCGAGUUGUUGCCUAGCUGAAGUACUUGAGCUUACUCUUGGAAGCCAUCAAAUACAUUGCACACUUGGGAUUCAAGUUAGUGAGAUUGUGAGCCUUUAUCCCUUUACUAUACUUCUAAACCUCCGAGUGACAUUGGUGAGUGUUUGGGAGGGGUAUUUGGGAGUGAGACCAGCCUCUUAAAAUCUCCAUUCUUGCUUUGUUUUGUGUUUGCGCUAACUUUUCAGGUCAUUCAAAAUGGCACCACCAAAGAAAGAUGCCGCCACAAAAGGUACUCAACAACCAACUCCUCAACAAGAAGAAGAAUCCGAGGAGACAUCAACCCUAUCAACCUUACCUUCUCAAAUCCAACUUCUUGUCACUCAAGUUGGUAAUAUAGGAAAGAAAAGUAGGUGACAUAAAGAUUUCACAAGCUGAAUUUGCUCAAAAGCAAGGCACCUUGGCCGAGAGACAAGAAAGAAUGGGAGCUCAAAUGACAGACCUUAAAGGUGAGCACGGUACUUUGGCUUCUAACUUUGCUACUUUUCAGGAACAGAUGCAAAAUGUUCAAGAUGAAGUAAGAAGCACUGUAAGGCAGCCACAUCCACCACCACCACCACCAUUUAGACCCGUGAGGCCAAAUAGCCCACCGGUUGAGUUGUCUACGGAGGAUGAAAGAUCCGAGCCUCCAUCACCUCCAAGAAGAAUUAGACCGAGGAGAAGGGAUGAUGAACCAGAGAAAGGGAAGCUAAAGCAUGAUCUCCCAGAGUUCUUUGGCACAUCAGAACCGGAUAAAUACUUGGAGUGGGAGAUGAACGUGGACAAGGUGUUCAAUAUGCAUUACUAUGCCGAGGACUAUAAGGUAAACGCCGCCAUUUCUCAAUUUCAUUUAAAUGCUAACACUUGGUGGCUUGAUGUUAACAGAAGAAGGCGUAGAGAUGGUGAUCCAGAGAUUGUAACUUGGUUACAAUUGAAGAGAUUAAUGAGGCAAAAUUUUGUGCGCAAGUCAUAUCAGAAACAGUUGAGAAAUGAACUACAAGAUCUAAGGCAAGGUUCUCGUACUGUUUGGGACUUUUAUUGGGAAUUAGUUUCUUUGCGUACUAAAUUGCAGUUAGAUGAGUCUGAUGAGUCUAUGGAGGCAUGAUUCAUUCGAGGAUUGAAUCGCAAUUUGAGGGAUUCAGUGGAGUUACAUGCUUUGAAGAUACAAUCCCUUGAAGAAUUGGUUGAAUAUGCUGACACUUUGGAGAAGCAAACCAAAACCCGUGAAUCAAGGGCUGUCCCUACAUCUUCUAGGCCCUAUUCCAGAUCUACAUCAACCAAACCAAGCCCUCAAUCAAGCCAAAUGAGGCCUGCCCCUACUCGGACUCCAUUUCAGCCGAGAAGACCUCCCAUAACAUCAACCGGAUUUCCUCCAAAACCGGUUGCAAAAGCACCUCCACCCAAGGUAAAUCCUCAUUCUAAACCUUCUACUUCCACUAACCGUGUGUCUAAUGUACCGUCUCAGGGAAAUAAGACCCAAUGCUUUAAGUGCAAAGGGUUUGGUCAUUUUGCUAGAGAAUGCCCUAACCAAAGGGUAAUGCAUAUUGCUGAUGAUGGUGAAGUUUUUAGUGAAGAAGAAGACACGGUCCUCGAACCCGAGCCAGUAGAGAAUGAAGAAUUACCUACUAACAUGGAGUUUGAGGUUGAAGAAGAAGAUGAGGAGAUAGAUUACAGUUUGGUGGUUAGAAGGAGUUUGAGUACACAACCACUUCCUGAAGAUUCAGAAGUAUCUGAACAACGUUCUUCCAUUUUUCAAAUGAAGUGUAAGGUACAAGGUAAAACUUGUUUAGUCAUUAUUGAUGGUGUUUCUUGUGCUAAUGUCGUUAGUGAAGAUUUAGUAAAGAAGUAAGCACUGAAGACGACUAGACAUUCCCAACCAUACAAGUUGCAGUGGAUUGGAGAUACUGGGUUUGUUCAAGUCAAAUUGCAAGCAAAGGUUCCUAUUGAAAUAGGUCCCUUUAAGGAUGAGGUACUUUGUGACAUUGUUCCUAUGAAUGCUUGUCAAAUUCUUUUAGGUAGACCGUGGGAAUAUGAUCACAAGGCUACACACGAUGGUGUUACCAACAAGUACACUAUCCGUGUCAAUGGUUCAUCCUAUGUUCUUCCUCCUUUAAGCCCAAAAGAUAUCCACGAAGCUCAUGAUCAUUUUAAGGCACAAAAGGAGAAAGAAAGAAGAAAGGAAAGGGCUUUGAAAAAGCCAAUAUCCGAGACCUCUACAUCCUCGGGUAAGCAAAUUUUAUUGGCAACUAAGGAUG